UCGCCAGGGUGAAGGUCUAUAGUUGUUUGACUGCCACAUGCUUCGUCUAUAUUGAAAACUCUUCUUUGAGAACUUGAGCAACACAAAAAAGGUUAAGAGAAACUUCAGCGUCAAGAGGCAAUAAUAUGAUAGUAAUUGGACAUGGAAGUAGUAUGCAUUGUGUUCCUUUACCCGGCUUUAAUUACGGACAUCAACUAAGGUAUAUUUCUAGAGAAAGUUGGCAUUCUAAGAUGCUUGUUGACUUUGCAGUCGACGGUAAAACAGUACAUAAUGAAGGUCAUGGUACUGAAAGUUUGAUUUCGAUACCAAACAAUGCUACCAAUAUCGAAGUUAGAUUUCAAGUCAAGCGUUCCCCUGGUGUUUGGUCUGAUGUGAAAGAGUAUGAUCACUUCAAUAAACGCUGGAUAUGGCCAACCCGGCCGCAUAUAUUUCGGUACAACAGACCAGCGAGUUGCACGUAUAUUUUAAAUGGAAUCUGGUUUCAUGAAAAGGUGAAAGAGAUCCCUAGAAAUUAUUAUUUAGGCAAGCAAGUUGGAUUACAGUAUUUCUCUGCAAUUAGUGGGUUUUCCAAGAUGCUUGUUGAUUAUGAGGAGGAUGGUAAAGAGAAACAUCACGAGGGUCAUGGUAGUGAAAGCUUGAUACUGAUACCAAACAAUGCUACCAACAUCAAAGUUAGAUUUCAAGUCAUGCGUGCUCCUGGUGUUUGGUCUGAUGUGAAAGAAUACGACCGUUUCAAAAAAUGUUGGGUAAAACCAACCAAGACUCAUAUUUUCAAGUACGACACACCAGUGAGUUGCACCUACACUUUGGAUGGAAACUUGGAUUGGGAAAGAGCAAUAUCGAUAAAUGACGAUGAAUACAAACCAGUUGGACGAGAAACAAUUGAUAUUGAUAAAACCACGGUAUCUAUCGAUAAGUCAGAACAAAAAAAAUCAUCCCAAACGCAUACAAAUUUGAUGGGAGGCUACAAAAAUAGGCUAGAUAAAGGCGAUGGUACCACCUACAAUUCUAAAGCCAAACAUAAGCUACAGUAUAUUUCUAAAGAUGGUUGGUGUUUCAAGAUGCUCGUUGAUUUUGUAGAGAACGGUGAAACAAGACAUCAUGAGGUUGAAGGUAGCGAAAGCGCCUUUCCAUUACCAAACAAUGCCACAAAUAUCAAAGUUAGCUUUCAGGUCAAGCGCUCUCCUGGUGUUUGGCGUGAUGUGAAAGAAUACAACCAUUUCAAGAAUGAUUGGGUAAAACAAAUCAAGCCUCAUAUUUUUAAGUACGAUACACCAAAGUGUUGCACUUAUAUCUUGACUGGGGACAAGUAUUCGGAAAGAGUAAGGGAUAUUAUGGGACAUGAUAAUUAAAAUAGGUCUGAGAGAGGUGAUGGUAAGCAUAAACUGAUGUAUAUUUUUGAAGGAAGUUGGCUUUCCAAGAUGCUUGUUGACUAUAAAGUGAACGAUGAAAAGAAAAAUCACGAGGCUCAUGGUACUGGAAGUUUGAUUCUGUUACCAAACAAUGCUACCAACAUCAAAGUUAGAUUUCAGGUCAUGCGUUUUCCUGAUGUUUGGUCUGAUGUGAAUGAGUACGACGGUUUCAAAGAAUGUUGGGUAAAACCAAACAGGCCUUGUAUUUUCAAGUACGACAGACCAGUGAGUAGGACGUACACUAUUUGUAAUGUUAUGAAGAUAACGGAAGAUGGAAGCAUUAUCAGCGGUGAUCUAAUACAUUACAACGGAUGCAGUCUGAUACAUGUCAGAGUCGCGUUUCAGGGUAUUCCGAGUAUUCAAGCUCCGAAAAACGGUCAAGCAACGAAAUCAUCGUCCGCCAUGAAUAUCAGCACGCACGAAUCAACUCUAAAAGUUCCAGUCAAAAUAGCUUCUGCUGUUUCUUUUAAUGUAGGUGGACUUAUGACGUCAUUUGUGAUAAGAAGCGACCACGAGCCGUUGGGGCGAUAUGGUAUAAUAAAAUCAGAAAAAUUCCGAAAACAAACAGGGUCAACAAAUAAUGAAUGGUUUGAAGAAAACGUAUUUGACGAAAACUGUGACAUUAAAGAGGUUUGCGUAAAUGAAUUGAGAAGUGAAAGAUUCUCUUGGAUAAAAGAUUUCCAUAUUGGGAUUGAUGAAGGAAAAAAGUCAUGGCAAAUGAGCAUCACCUACGCUCGAAACACAGAACCUUCGAUGGAGGACCUAAAGAAGUUGUUUGGUGAUAACAUCGCCUCAUUCGUUGAAUUUAUCCAGGAGAGCGACGAUGAAGAUGAAGAGAGAUUAAGAACUUCCUCUUGUUUUCUUCGAGCACCUAGCUCUGGUGAUACUCUGUAUGUUCAAAAUGAAGAACGCGGAACCAUAGCAGUCCUUGCUGCCCAGGUGCGAAGCAACAAAAAACACUACGCCAUCACCUCCUAUCAUGUUUGUUACUGCUUCAACGAUUUACCGGAGAACAUAUUCGAAGCACACAACAAACUGAAAGAAGACUGUUGCUCCAAUGACGCCGCUGGAUGUAUUGGUAGCCGGUACGAAUAUAUGAAUCAAGAAACAGUAUUGGGAGUGUUCGAGUGUGGUUUAUACGACGACAAAAAUGAUAUUGGUUUGAUCCAGCUCACACCUGAGCUGACCUGCGUUGACGCUAUUGCUGUCCUUGUCAAUGAGGUUGAAUCACAAUUACUUAGUAAAAAACAAGUCUGGGAAAUAUUCAAGACGUACAUGAAAAUGGGUAAAUUGCCUAAAGUCAAGAAAUAUGGCUCGGAAUCCGACGAAACAGAAGGGGAACUUUUUGCGAUAACAACAAGCUGUCUGCCAAACGACAUGAAUCUCGGUUUUUAUAAAAUUCGUGGAAAACAUGCCGAUGAUUUCGCAAGAAAAGGAGAUUCAGGUGCAUUGGUUUGUAUAGUACAUGAAAGUAAGAAUUUACCAUUCGCCAUAGUAAGCAAUCACGUGCCAAAUGCAAACGUGUAUUACUGUCCAAAUUUACAUCAAAGUAUUGAAGCGUUAAACAAAAAGUAUAGUUGGAUCAACAUUAAACCUUGCAUACGCCAAUGUGGCCGCAGUUGAUAAUUUGAUAUGAUUCUAUUUUCAUGCUCGUAUUUUUAACAUAAUUUAACUGUAAAUGUCAUUUUAAGCCUUUUUUAAUGUAUCAUUGUAAUAAUUUAUAUAGUUUAUAUAGUUAUAGUUAGAAAAUCAACAAUACGCCCAUGAUACUGGUGCGACUUAG